AUGUCGAAUAAGGAGGGGAGAGGAGAGGAUGAAGGGGAGGGGAGAGGGGAGAAAGGUCAGGAGGAGAGAAUGGAGGAUGCGGUUGAGGGUAGCGAGGAGGACAAGGAGGUGAUGGGUGGGGAAGACAAGGUGGUAGGGAGCGAAGGGGACAAGGAGGCCGAGGGCGGGGAGGACGGGGAGGUAAAGAGCGGGGAGGGCAAGGAGGUUGGGGGAAGGGAGGACAAGGAGGUGAUGGGUGGGGAAGACAAGUUUCGUGUUCACUGUUCUCAUGAUGCGCUCAAAUGA